AUGAAAGAUUAUACAAUCCACAGAGGUGUAGAUUAUCGGGUGUAUGAGUCAGAACCGACGACAUUCUAUGCUAAAUGCACCCAGUAUGGUGCAGGAUGUGAUUGGCUGAUCAGGGUAACCAAAAUGUCCAGAAAGUUCUGCUGGGAGAUAAGGAAGUACAAUGGAAGUCACACCUGUACUAGGGCCACCAUUUCUCAAGAUCAUUCGAAGCUGGAUUCCAACACAGUUGCAGAAGCAAUAAAGCCAUUGGUAGAAGUUGACCCGUCUAUAAGGGUGAAAUCAGUGAUUGCGAAAGUACAGGCAAAGUUUAACUACACCAUAAGUUAUCGCAAAGCAUGGUUGGCAAAACAGAAGGCAGUGGAGUCAAUUUUUUCGGGAGAUGACUUGGUUCCUAAUAUUCGUGUACUACACCGAGUCUUCUGGAGUUAUUACCCUUGUAUUAGAGCAUUCAGACAUUGCAAGCCAAUAGUGCAGGUAGACGGAACUCAUUUAUAUGGAAAGUACAAGGGUUGUUUGUUGGUUGCAGUCUCACAGGAUGGCAACAACAACAUCGUGCUGAUUGCAUUUGCGAUAGUUGAGGGAGAGACAUCUGAGGCUUGGCACUUUUUUCUGAGUAACCUGAGACAGCAUGUUGUGACACGUGAUGGUGUCGGCCUUAUCUCCGAUCGGCACGAUUCCAUUAGAGCUGCUAUUGCUCGCAGUAAUGGAGCUUGGUCUCCUCCAAGAGCAUUCCACAUGUUCUGUAUCAGACACAUAGAGUCCAACUUUCUCAGGAAAUUCAAGGCUCCGUAUCUGCAGAAACUAAUCGUCAACAUCGGAUACUCGCGAACAGUUCGCGAGUACGAGACACGGUAUCAGCGUUUACGCGAGCGGGUUGAGGCUAAUACCAACUGGUUGGAUCGAAUUCUGCGUGAGCAGUAUGCGUUAGCGUUUGAUGGGGGAUAUCGAUGGGGUUACAUGACAACCAAUCUAGUAGAAUGCAUCAACUCGGUUCUGAAAGGGGCUCGCAAUCUUCCAGUCACGGCACUUGUUAAGGCAACGUUUUACAGGCUUAAUGAGUUGUUCACCCGGAAAAGAGCAGAGGCCGAGGCUCGAAUUAACGCAGGACAUGUGUUCUCUGAGCUUGUAACCUCCAAGUUGCAUGCGAAUCAGCGGGCAGCGGGUAACAUCCAAGUUAGUUGCUUUGACUGA